CCUCUGACCAUCAAUCCGAUACGGUCCUCCACGUGUCCCCCCUCUUUCCUUUUCUAUAUCAACACCCACACCCCCACCCCCACUCCUCCAUCCCCUCACCGGAAUAUUCCAUUUCAAAUCCUUCCGAUCAUCACCAUCAUCAUGGAGGCUGAAAUUCACUCCAAUUACACAUACAUGAAUCGCAACUUCAGCAACAUCAGUUUAAACGAAGAUUCCACUGCGUUCAGCGACUGCAACAGCGACCGCUCAGGCGAGUUCCCGACGACGUCGCUGCAUAGCAAGCGGCUGAUUCUCGCGUGCGCGACUGAAAAAUCCGACGAUCUGAUUCAACAACUGGUGUCCGAUCUGGAAUCCGAUUCGAUCGAAGAUCGAAAACAAGCGGCGAUGGAGUUACGAUUGCUCGCGAAGAACAAACCGGAGAAUCGAGUUAAAAUCGCGAAAUCCGGAGCGAUUAAACCGUUGAUUUCGCUGAUUUCGUGUUCGGAUCCUGAAUUACAAGAGCACGGUGUAACGGCGAUAUUGAAUUUAUCGUUGUGUGAUGAGAAUAAAGAGCUCUUAGCUUCUUCCGGUGCAAUCCGGCCGUUAGUUAGGGCUUUGAAAAUCGGAACACCGACCGGAAAGGAGAACGCUGCGUGUGCGUUACUCCGGUUAUCGCAACUAGAAGAAAACAAAUCUGUAAUCGGACGGUCCGGAGCGAUUCCGUUGCUAGUUGAUUUACUCGAAACCGGUAACUUUCGCGGCAAGAAAGAUGCGUCAACGGCGUUGUAUUCGUUGUGUUCAUUGAAGGAAAAUAAAAUUCGAGCAGUUGAGGCUGGGAUAAUGAAGCCGUUGGUAGAAUUGAUGGCGGAUUUCGAGUCAAAUAUGGUGGAUAAAUCGGCAUUUGUGGUGAGUGUUUUGGUGUCGUUACCGGAGGCUAGGGCGGCGUUGGUAGAGGAGGGAGGUGUGCCGGUGCUGGUGGAGAUUGUGGAGGUUGGGUCUCAGCGGCAGAAGGAGAUUGCGGUGGUUAUUUUGUUGCAGUUGUGUGAUGGUAGUGUGGUGUACCGGAAUAUGGUCGCGCGCGAAGGAGCUAUUCCGCCGCUUGUUGCGUUGUCGCAGGCCGGGACCAAGCGUGCUAAACAAAAGGCGGAGCAACUGAUUGAACUUCUCCGGCGACCGAGAUCCGGCAACAACGUUGCAUCCAGCUCCGAUUCAUCGGAUUAAGAUUUUCUGCGCUGCAGACCAAAAACUUUAAAACAAAGUGCUUUUUAAAUAUAAAAUGGAGAGGGUUUUUUUUUUUUUUUUUUUUUUUUUUUUUUUUUUUUUAAAUCUGUAAAUCUAUGUUUGCCGCAGUUGCUCUUGUAAAUUGGUUAAUGAAAUACUUGUUUUAUUUU